CGUGCUGGGUAUACGUGAACGCUGUACGCACGAAAAUAACAAACUAGGCUAGUGUUUAUAGUUAGAUAUUUAAGUUAUUUGUUAGGAGCAUGACUUACAGAUAUGGAGAGAUGGACGGGUGGCGUUGCUGGGCACUUUUCACUUUGCUUUUCAACUUGGAGCUGUCUUACGGCUCGCCAUCGUCCUAUGACCUCUUCCAGGGAAGCGCAUACACUGGAGCCGUGCACAGACACAGAAACAGAAACUGGUGCGCUUAUGUGGUUCAGAAAAACGUGAGCUGCGCCGUGCAAAGUGGCGUGGAGACGUACCAAGAGCCCGCGAUGCCCCGGUGCCCAGACUACCGCCCCGAGUGCCAGCCGCAAGUCACAUACGUAACACGUUUCCGACCGACUUACAAGAUUGCCUUCAAGAGAGUGACUGAUCUGGAGUGGAGAUGUUGCCCUGGUUUCACAGGUCAAGACUGUAAAGACAUGAAGCCAGUGAUGAAUCAACCAACUCACCCAGGGACCCAGGCUUUGAUACCACAAAACCCAGCAUACCCCAGGCAUACACAGAGGACAGAGCGCAGGGAAACAGGCCAGCAGGAGACGAGACAUGGUGGUCCAGAUAAGGUUCGUCAUUUGGAGGAUGAGGUUCAGCGUUUGUCUCAAACCGUUCUGGAUCUUCAGUCCACUCUGACGGGACUGACCAACAAUCUGAAAACUAACCUGGAGGACGACACCAAAAAAAUGCUAGUAACAUUAUUCAACAACAUGCGACCACCUGAAAACUCCACUACGCCAACGCAAGAGGAGAGUCCUGCAGUUUUGGAUGGACACCAGACCAACAGAGGAGGACUGGUUGGGGAUAAGGCGAUAGAGAAGAUAGUUGCAAGGUUGGAUGAUAUGAACAACGCCUUAAAAAGCAAAGACGAUGCAUUGGAAGAUUUAAAAGGAACCGUUUCUAGCCAUGAGGGGCAGCUACGUGUUCUUAUGGACGCAUCGCAAGCCCAAACGCCAUCUAUACCUGAAAUAGAUGUGGUCCAAACUUACAUUGACCGAAAACUCGACAAACUCAAGAAAGAGUUGAAUCAAAACAUGGAAGAACAGUUGGUGAAGCUUCAAGUCUCAUGUUACGACAAGAUCCAAACAGUGCAGAAGACUUGUGACGAUCAAGCUACGACUAUAGGCAGGCUUGUAGAAGUUAAAGAGGCUGAUCUGAGGAAGGAGAUACGAGCACUGCGUUUAGAGCUGGCCGCGAACGAUGGACCCGUAAGAACACAAAGGCAAACUGAAGGAGCUAAAGACGAGGACAAAGACCAUAAAGCCUUGUGGAGGGAGAUCGAUCGUAUAGCAGAGGCCCACCGAAUACUGAAUGUACGUAUUGACAACGAACUGGCGCACCUGUCCAGCCAAGAUGGAAGCAGUGAUGUUUACACGUUGAUCGAGGAGUUGGAGGCACGGGUCAACAUCACAGAACAAAACGCCGAAACGCAUUGCUUUUACAUCGAGGAAAAGUUGACGCGAACCAUCACGGAAGAAGCUACCGCAAUUCGACAGUUGAUAGACGAACGUGUGAACAAUAUGGAGAAUGAGUUCACGAAUAUGCUAGUGGAGAUCAGCAACAAAUCACUCAUAGGAGAUUCUAUGGACGAAAUGAACACGCAAGUCAACAACAACAAGGUACUGAUUCAAACUUUGGAUGACAAGAUCAAUGCAAUUGGGGAGAUUUGUGUUUCGGGAUGUGUGGGUUCUGGCAAUGCUGAAAGUGAAUCCUCCUCCUCGGCAGCGCCCCCUACUGGUUUCACACACUUUAUGAAGGAUCUACAGCGCUAUAGAAAUGAAUUGGACAACCUAAGUCGCAAGGUACAUGUCAACACGGAACAAGUCAAAGAUCUAGAAGGGGUAAUCGGAAGGCAGCAAUCUAGCAAUGAAAGACACAACAAGAUGGUGGUGGACUUCCAGAAGGGACUGCUUAACUUACAAGACAAUGUAAAGAGUUUAGCUGGAGUUGUUACUGGCUUGAGUGACAAAAUUAACAAAAAUAACCAUGAUAUUCAUGCAUUGAAUUCAACCUGCUGUCAUUUGGGUCAGAGUAGUAUCACAAGGCAAAACUAUGACACAACUCCUGUCACUGGGCAAGAUCCAUUGACUAGUCAGGUGACAUCUAGACUCGAACAAUGUGAGAGGAACAACCAAAAAGUUACAGAUGAUCUUUCAACGGUCAAUAAUCGUGUGUCGGCCUUAGAAAACAUGUGCGGAAGAUUGGAUGGGCUUUCGGAAAAUAUCCAAAAUGUGAAGGCGAGAUUGGAGAAAACUAUUUUAGGGCUUAAAGACAUGGUGAAGAAUAAUGGAAGUCAUGGAGCAGAUCUAACAGAAAUGCAGAGGGCGAUACAGAGCCUCCAGACACAGCUAUCUUCACUGGCCAAACAUGUGUCAAAGGACAUCUCUGCUAGAGAGCCAGGUAUGACGUUGAGACCGGAGCGCCCGUCCUCUUCUCCCACCUCUAACCAUGGAGUCAAACACAUCCACAUCCCUUUCAUCUUCCCCCCGACCAACCCCAGGCAACCUCCCCGGACCCCCACCCAGGCAGGUCGUCCCACCACAAUCCAGAAGCCCGUUGCACCUGGGCACCCUCUGACUCCCCAGCAGCAAGCAAGCCCGGUCCAACCUGGAUCUCCGGUGAAGCCCUUAGUUCCGGUUCGUCCCGUGGUGGAGACCGGAGAGGCUGGACCCCCUGGAUACGUGCGCAGGGUCACCGUGAGGAGAGGGUCCGAGGACUCAGUCCGCAGAAGCAGCCCACCGCUCACUGGGUUUGCAGGAGCACCAGGUUAUCCCCCUCAGCCUGCAGCACUCAGACCUCAAACCACCAACGGACGCCAAGUUCCUGUGGCAGUGAAGCAGCCAUGGAACCAGUUGUAUCAAGCUAAUGCACCAGUGUCCUUGGACCCCAGCUCCUUCUCAGAGCCCUUCUCUUUCUCGGUUGGACUCACUCAGGUUCCCUUCACUAGAGACUUUGGCCUGAUUCGCUUCAACAGGGUCCUGGUGAACGACGGGGGGCACUACAGUCCACACACAGGGAUCUUCACUGCUCCGGUGGACGGUCGAUACCUGAUCUCCGGUUUACUGACAGCUAGACCAGGCGACCAAUUCGAAGCGGUGCUCUCAGUCUCCAACCGAAGCGUCCAGAAACUGCAAACUUCCACCUCUUUACCUGCAGUACCUGGAUCGACCACCGGCGGGAGCUGUGGAGGCUGUGGAGGUUCUGUGUCUUUCAGCGUAAUCCUACCCCUCAGGAAAGGAGAACAGGUCGGGUUGGUUCGGACGAGAGGUCAGCUCGCAAUGACACCAGCUAGAGAAGUCCUAUCAACGUUUAGUGCGAUUUUUCUCUACGCGCCGCAAGCCAAAAGAUAGCCACGGUUAAAUCAACAACGAGGGACGAUUAUGGACUUAAAGGACACAUAUUAUGCUUUCUCAUGGCGGUAAUUCUCCUUUAAACAUGUUUUGUCAACUUGGGACAAGUAUUUCACAUUUGAAAAGUCUGCAUUUGGAAAAUAUACUUACACACAACAAAAAUUACACCUCUGCUUCCAAUGGGAUAUUUAGGUGUCAGAACUUCCUCUGAUGUCAACAACGGGAAUGAACAAUGGGGAAAUAAACCUGACUGCAAUGCUAAUAGAGCCAUGUUUGUUGUGAGUUGGGUGAAGGUCUAUGGGAUUAAAAAUGGUGCAGAAGAUAUCCGGAAUUUUACCUGUGACACAACAAUCUUGGCAAAAUGCAAACAUUUUUGAGUGCUGAGAGAAGACCACUUUGAAUGAAUGGAUCCAUGAAACAAGAGUGAAUGAAGUAAAGUACAACUACUGGUGUGUUUUUGAUGAGGGGACAAGAAUAUUACAUGAUUGAAAGCUCACAAAUUUGCAUAAUAUGUGUUCUUUAAACUGGAGCGACUGGACUGGAGGACAUGUAGCAGAGACCAUUACGCCCAACGGGAGUGUGGACAUCUCCAGUUCUUGAUGUUAAAAUGUAUUUACUUCACACCUGUAGUGACAAAGCAGGAUUUGUGCCUAAUAUAUUGGAUAACCUUUUUGUACCUACUGUAUUGUAAAUGUUUUGUUUAUAAAUUAAUAUGCAAAAAUAUUUUAUUUUGUGAAAAAAAAAUACUACUUGUAAACACAAAGAAUGCCAAAACCUGCCCAUGAAAGUGACAUGUGGGGUGAAUGGUCAACAUUUGGGACAUCUAGUGGUCAAAUUCACAUUCCAAUAAUUCAAUAUCUUCAGUAUUAAAUGUGCAUUAUGUAACUUUUUUAGGUGAAGGAACUGACCCCUGUCUGUAUGGCGAUUGUAUUACCAUAAAGAAUGUCUGAAAUGUUCCACAGUAUGACUUUAAAACUCAUCUUGUGUAGGGCUGGGUAUCAUUAAGAAGUUGCCAAUAUGAUACAUAUCUCGAU